AUGCCUGCAGCAACUCGCACCUUCCUCGCCUUCCAGCACGAUGCAAAGCUCCACAAUCUCCAGACCGUCGUAACGGGGGUUCAAUCGUUCGCCUCGCUCGAGGAAUCCAACCGUCUCCUUUUCAAACAGGGCGGCGACGAGGACUAUGUCGUUGUCACCGAACAGACCAUCUUUCACCCGCAAGGCGGCGGCCAGCCUUCGGAUGUCGGCGAGAUUGUGAACUCCUCCGGAGUCUCCUUCGCCGUGGCGUCGGUCCGCAUGGAUGCCGUGCAUGACGGACAGGUGCUGCAUUUCGGCCGGUUUAAUAAUCCCUCGUCAUCGUCUCCCACUCCUACGUUCUCUGAGGGCGAGACCGUUCAGCAGGCAAUUGACGUCGAGAAACGCUUACUCUACUCGCGCUUUCACACCGCGGGGCAUGUUCUCGGUGCGGCGGUCCGGCAUCUUCUGGAGAAGGAGGUGGCGGGUUUUGACGAGCUGAAGGCGUCGCAUUUCCCCGACUCCGCGUCGUGUGAAUUCCAGGGUCUCAUCGAGGGCAAAUGGAAGGAAUCGAUCCAGAAGAAGCUGGACGAGUACGUUGCGGCUAAGAUGCCGGUGGAAAUUGAGUGGUGGAAUGAGGAGGAUUUCCGGGCGCGAGGCUUGGAAAGGCUAAUUCCGGAUCGCAGUCUUGUGCCGGCCGGGGAGAAGUCGCGCGUGGUGAACAUCGUGGGCGCCGAGGUCUAUCCUUGUGGAGGCACGCAUGUCGAAACCACUGAUCUCUGCGACCCUACGACGGUGAAGAAGAUCUCGAGGAGCAAGGGGACAUCGCGGGAUUCAAUCCGCUGCUUGAUGAGUUGGUCCUCGGAUCUCCAGCACACUCCGUCAGUGCGAAGCGAAUCAAAUCCAGUCAUGAAGGAGAUAGAAUCCAUUUCAUUGGCGCUCGAAGCUCCCAUCCGCCGGUUGAUGCAAGCGGCGCAACGAGGCGAUAUCCAGCAAGCCGAACCGCUCCUCCACGUUGUUUCGGCCAACGUGAGAGACAACACGGGCCGGACCGCGCUUUCGUGGGUGGCUUCGCGCGCCCAGACCCAUUCGCCCGCCAUGCGCGACCAGGCCGAACAAUUCAUGCAGUUUCUCUUGGAUAAAGGUGCAGACCCAACGCUCGCUGAUAUCCACGGCGAGUCACCCUUACAUUGGGCUGCCAAGGCCGGUGACUACCAGAUGGUGAACGCGUUUUUACAAAACGACCUCGUUCAUCCAGACUUGCCGGAUAAUCGAGGCCGCACGCCCUUGUCUCAUGCCGCUGGGGAAGGCUUCCAUCAGGUGGUAGAGCUGUUGCUGGCGACGGACAGAGUUGACCCCGACCGUAAAGAUGCGCGCGGGAGAACCGCGCUCUCGUGGGCAGCCGAACACUGGCACUUCAAGACGGCCACUGUAUUGAUUGGAAACGAUUCCAACGUGGACCUUCACGACGAUGAGGGCCAGACUCCUCUAGGCUGGUUUAUAACCAGCACGUCCAAGAAAUCUGGCACAGAUUCAAGUCCACGGAUGCCAUGCAUUGACUUCCAGCAGUGGUUCAAAGUUCUGGGUCCGACAAACGGUGUUGAGCCUAUGACCAGGACUCGACGGACUUUUCUUUCCUGGGCCUGUGAGCACGGCGAUCUUCAAUUGGUAGAGCAACUGCUGCAAACUACCUGGGCAGAUCCCAAUUCCGUUGACCGAUACAGAAAGACCCCGUUGAUCUAUGCCAUCGAACAGAGCCAUUACGAGAUUGUCGAAUUGCUGAUAUCAGGAACCAAGAGCAGCCAGAGGCGUGAUAUCGUGUCUUUGCGAAUCAUGAUCCAGGAAGGCCGGGCUCGCUUGCUGAAGCCGUUCCUGGAACGAUACAAGUCCAGCUUGGAGACGGAAGAUGGUUAUAGCUCGGUCCCCUUGAUGCGCAUUGCACUGCAACAAAGUGACCGAGCCACGGUCACAGUACUCUUGGAACAUAAAGCUAGCAUUCAGGAUCUGGAAAAUGGGGAUUGGUUUGGACCCUGCAGUGCGCAAAGGCCGAACACCGAUCUUAUGAACACUCGUUCCAAUCUUUCGGCCGCAUUGAACAGCUUGGGCACCCAAAACAACUCCAGCCAUGUUCCACUGAUGAGAUUGGCCAUUCCGGACAACAAUCGCCCUGUAGUAACGGCACUGUUGAACCAUCGCGCUCGGAUACUGGACCUCCAAGAGAACGAAGAUGACUUUGCACAGUACAAUAAAGGCAGUGAGCCCAGUAUAGCUGUGAAUAUUGUGGCUCUGCGCGACGGAAGGCGAAAAGCCCAUUGGAUUUUGGAUGGUGACUUGGAUGAGGAAGUGCGAAAAAUACCAAAGACAAUAGAAGAAACGCACCUCAUGCUCUUCCGGGAAAACUAUGUAUGGAAGCCACAUUACCAAAAGAGUCAUCUACCCAACGAGUUGCGAUUCUCGUUAGGCAAUAAGAGUCCUUGCAGGACAUUCACUCUUUCCAUCCAGAUGGACCUUAAGAUUGCAAAUGAGCACACAAGCAAACACGAAGAACAGGACUCCGAUGGUAAUGAAGAUUACAGCAUGCGAGUAAUCGAGUGGUCGGUUUUGGAAGCACCUCCAAAAUCAAUCCACUAUUUCAGCAAUCUCCCUUACGGCUAUAUCCCGCAAAAUGACUUGGAUAUUGUGGAGCUUUUUCUGCAUACAUGGCGUAAAGACUGGAUGACCUACUGCCGGGAUGCGCGGCGUCAUCUUGCACAGCUUCGCUCGCAUCAACUGACUGCAAGAGGCAAAGACGAGUUAUUGAUCGACACUGUAGCUGAGAAUAUGCUCAGAUGGACUCGUAUCCAAGGCACAUUGGCUGAACAGCUCAGUCAAGCCCGCGAGUUUGUCUCUCAAUAUCAACGAUUUAGCGAAACCCGUCAUUUUAGCGAGCAAAUAAACCGGACGGUCGAUUCUCUCGAGCGCGAGGUUUCUAGUCAGAUUGACAAGCUCGAACAAACUUUCCGCGAUCUACUCCAAAUAGAAUUUGCCUGGACAUCGAUCAACGAAGCGCACCGGUCAACGAGCCUAGCAGCCAGUAUGAAGAGGCUGAGUUGGAUAACGUUCAUCUUCCUUCCGCUGACUUUUGCCUCGAGUCUAUUUGGAAUGAAUGUGGACAUACUGGCCGACAAUCCAUCGUGGCGGUGGUAUCCUCUUGUCGGGGGAACCCUUCUGCUGCUGACAGUAAUAACCUGGCUUGUUUCCAAGUUCACCAAGGUAAGUGAUCUCGCAAAGACCGGAAGAUGGCGUCGACCAACACUGAACAGAUGGACCGAUUGGUGGGAUCGAAACCCCAAAGACUCAGGGAAAGUCGGCAUUGAUGCACAGUGA